AUGGUGUUCGAGAUGGAGUCUCUCGAGUCCCUCGGGUCUCUUAUUCCUCGAGAAUCUACUGCUUGCACUGGGGGCAAGCUGUGGUAUGUUUGCACGGCAGGCAACUUUCGUGGAUGCUGCUCAAGUGAUCCGUGUACGACGGGCAUUUGUCCAGAUGACGGCGAGGAUGAUGCGAGCACAACGUCGACCAAGUCUUCUACCCUCUCAUUAACCACAGUUGGGGUUAUUGGUCUGUUGCCGCCCGAUGUAACGCCGAGAACCACCACCUCCUCUAUUUCUACUUUGUCGGAAUCAAGUACCAGUUCUACGACGGCACUUGUGCCAUCUGCCACUGCUUCUUCUAUUACUUCAGAAAUAUCAGCAGGUUCGAAGACAUCCACAGCCUCAGAGACAUCCCCAGUCUCUCUAGUAACACUCACAGCUUCAGACGUUUCUACAAGUUCUGACACAUCCGCGGCCACAGGAGUCACAGGUUCGGUUCUGGCUGCUAGCGCGUCUGCAACCAGUACUUCAUCCAGCACCCCAGGUGGCGCAUCCUCAAACCUGGGCGCAAUAAUCGGCGGUGUUGUUGGAGGGGUUGCAGCCUUGGUCAUAUGUGCCAUUCUGCUGUUCUGUUGUCGCCGCAAGAGAAAGUAUGGGAAGCGCGAGAAUGGGUCAACUCUCGUCUCAUGGUAUCCACGCGGAUUGAGUCGAAAAAACCAAGCAACUGCAUCCGAAAUGAAAGGGCCCCUAUCACCAACAGACAGCGAAGCAAAUAACUCACAUGGCGCGGUCUCCCCAUUCACUGCAGAUAACACACGGGGAAGCAUGAUUCUCACCCCAGACCUAGCAUUGGUGUCAUCCUCAACCAGCCUUAUCGCACAAUCUCCUCACAAAACGCCCCCAAUCCCACCAACCAAACCGCAUUCAAACGAGCUCUUCGCUUCAGUCCCUCCACGCCAAGGGUAUACCCCAGAGCUACAAGACACAGGCUUCCAUCGGCUGCGCGCUGAACUAGCAUCCCACUCCCAGAGCGAGCUAAUCAACGUACCCAUGGAGAAACGGCAGCGACAGCAGAAUCAUAUCAGGUCGAAGAGUGGUCCACAAGCUUGGGAAUCACCUGCAUUGGUGUCAAUAGCCAGUACAAAUGCGAGCCUGGGAAGAGGAACCGGCAAUGGCAGCGGCCACAGCUAUAGCAAUAGCGACGGCAGUAGUUCAGGGAGAAACCAAGCUGGACGGGUUGUCACGGCCGAGGGGGUUGUCCUGGGCGCGAAUUUGGAUCGAUACUCCAAUGGCAUGGAGAUUGGAGAGUCCCAGGCCCAGGAGGAUAGAGGGAGGAGCGCGGAGCGCGGCGAGACAGAUCAUGUUAUGAGUUUUAUGCAGUAUGGUGGGAGGCCAGAGGAUCGCGGCUUGGGGAACGGGCUUGGAAUCACAAGUAACAAUACUUCAAAUCCGCAGGGACGUGGGAGCAGUGCGUCCAGGUCGAGGCCUAGGCCCACGGAGCGCAGUUUGGAACACGAUAUUACGGCUGCGGAUGGUACUGUUGACGUCCCGCCUGCCUAUCAAGCGGAAGAGGGCGCCCCUGGGCACGACGUUAAGUCUCCAUCUGGAACGAUGGGUAUGAGCCUAAGAGGGGCCUGA